GUUUCCAAGAAAUAUCCUCCAUGUUGACCAGAUGACAGCUAAGAUCCCUCUGGCCCCAGGCGGUUUUUCGGCCCCACCCUUCCGUCCCUUCGGUACCUCGGCGCACUCAUCGACCUCUCAUGAAGCAGGUCCAUCCCGACCAUCACUUAUCCCUCCUCGGCGUUCCAUCACAGACCUUCUGGGAGAGGGAUGGCUCGAAACUCUCUCUACCCCAUGUCACUUCGACCUCAAAGUCUUCCUGAAUGUGACCAAAGAGCUAGUUCUUCAUCCGGAACGGAACAGUACUGUCAUCCUCAGAGCAGAUCCUCUACCCCCCAGGCGCAGGGCUUUUGACGAGGACGAACAUGUCAACUUGGGGCACAUUCCAUCUGACGGACAGCUCGACCUUCACACAUCCGAUGUCUCCGAAACCUCGAAGAAGCAAGUCAAGGAGAGUGACUACGAUGAUCUCCCUGGCGGCAGUGUGUCUUUGGAGAUAUUGGAGGAGAUGAGAGUGAGGUUGAUGCCGAAACAAGUGAAGAGGGAUUCUCGAAUAGACCAGACGGCUCAGUUCUACCGUACGGCCUCUCGUUUGUUGGCCCGUGAAUUCCCUUUCAAGCCAAACAUCGAUACUGACGAAGACCACGAAGGUGAUUCCACCAUCGCUUAUGAGGAGGGUUUGGUCGUCCUCACCCCAGAAGUGAAGACUGUGGAAGACGUGCCGUAUUAUCAUCCGCCAGUCAAGAAACUGGCUUUUCGCUGGGAAGAAGUAGACUUCUCGAACUUUCCCCAAAGCGUUGACGAUGAAGAUCAUGAAUCACCGAUACGAGCUAGACUUUCCAUCGCGUACUUGCCUUUCCCCCCAUCAUCUCCCGCCCACAUCUCCCUCAGACUACAUCGUACCCUUUUGGCUUUGCUGGAGAAGGUGUACAAGCAUGGGUACGGAAGUAUGGUAGGAUACGUUAAGCGAAGACAACACGAUGUCGUAGUCCAGAGGGAGAGCUUUCAAGAUUUAUAUCUUGAGCUGAAAGAGAAGCAUCGUCAUCUUGACUCCAGAGCCCCGAAACCCGGCUCGAGCAAGGUGGAAGACGUCAAACGACAUGUGUGGAAGGAUGUUGCAGUAGCUGCCUUUCUCAUGCUUCUGUGGAAAGAAAUGUAUCCUCCUCGUGCGCCGCUUGAAGCAGAUGAAACAUUACAGUGGGAUACAUGGGGGAGACCAAAAGGCGGCUUUGUGGAUCUCGGUUGUGGGAAUGGACUGCUUGUGCAUAUCCUCAUCUCGGAGGGAUAUCAUGGAAAAGGAUACGAACUUCGUUCCAGACGUACUUGGCCUUUGUAUCCUCCAAAAACUCGAGAGGCACUGGUCGAACUCCCCAUCAACCCUGUACGAUGGUUUCCUUCGACCAGUGAAGAAUGGGUCACUGGUUUUUGGCCAGGUAAAGAGGAUUGUGUUGUCAAGGAGGGCGUGUUUCUGAUCGGAAAUCAUGCUGAUGAGCUGACUCCUUGGCUUCCCCUCCUGUCACUGAUCCCAACCGAACCAGUUCCACAUCUCUCCCUCCCCUGCUGUCUUCACACACUCGACGGCACAUUCACCCGUCUGGUCUUCCAUCCACCUCCUCAUCCUAAUACCCCUCUCAACGGUUUUGAAGACGGUCUAGAAGCUGGGAAUAGCAGGUACAAAGCAUACAUCAUGUGGCUGGGAUGGAUGGGGUUGAUGUGUGGGUGGGAAUGGGAGAAGGAAGGCUUGAGAGUGCCAUCUACUCGAGGAUGGGGAAUCGUUGGCCGGAAACGAUGGGCCAGUACCCCCGAACAACUACAUGAAUGCCGGUCAUGGGCAUUGGGUCAAGUGGAGGAAGUGAGACGAGGAGGUCUAUUCAAAAUACGUGAGAAGGAAGGUAAAGAUCAUUAGACAUGCAUGUUUGAUCUGUCGAUCUUG